AGCACACAAGUUGUAGGUAGAUAGUGCGCCUGUCUGUCUGCCGCGCUGACUGGCGUUGACAGUUUCGCGCAAAAUGGCAGCUGAUGAGAAAUUAUUUUUCUCAAAUACUGUUCAACAUUUGGCGAGAUCAUUGGCAGCGAUUAAACCUACACCGUGGGAAAAGGUGAACAGGUUAUUCAAGUUAUGUCCACAAGAAUCAGCACAAGGUGUAUACAGACUAGACCAUCGUGGUCAGGAUGCGGUCAUUGCGCUGGGCAUAUAUUUUUUAGAAUCACAUCUCCAGCACAGAGACAAAAUUCUGCCUUACUUACUGAAGCUAUUGAAAGGUCUUUCAAAAGCAGUAUGGCUCGCUGAAGUCAAAAGUACUCCUAAUGACAGGAUUCCAAUCGCUGAACGAUUCAGCUUUUGUUUGAAUACACUGCUUAGCGAUAUAGCUACCAAAUGUGAACCGGUGAGGGAAGAGAUCAUAACGUCCCAAGUUGAGAUUCUAGGCGUUUUAACGAACUUGAUAAGAGGCUGCAAAGAUCAGGAUGGCACACGGAGUAUGCAAGCAAAAUUGUCCCUCUGCAAAUGUCUGGUGCCCAUAUUGAUUGGACUUGCCCGUUCGAUGGGACGAUUUUGCAGUUCGGAUCCGCCACUACUAAGUCGUAUUUUUCCACGUCCAGAGCCUCCAAUUCCACCACCGCAGAGUUUCACUGAAAAAUCUCCGCUCAACAAGAAAAAAAGUUUCAACAAUUUUCGUUCCAUAAUUCCACGCUCAUUGAGUGGAAAUUUGAAUCCACAUACGUUAGAAAUAUUACAGUUAACAGAUGUUGUGGAUUACGCAUCGACAACCAAAAGGCCAUCGCUGCAGUCUUAUUCGUCAGUUCCUUACGAUGCAACGACAUACUUUUUCAGCAAAUAUGGCUCGAGUUUCAAUCAAUUUCCGCAAAUGCGGUUCACUGAAAGCCCGGAGAAACGAGCUACUCUACAACUCAGCAUUGUUCACUUGCAAAGUGUCCUGGCAUUAGCAAAAAAAUUACUUACUAAAGAUGUGCUCAUAUUCCUUGAUGAGGAAGCUCAACAGGUUUAUAACUCUGGACAGGUCUUGGUAUUUCCAUACAAAACAUUCAGCGAAACAAUGAAUCUAGUGAUGGUAACACUACUCAGAGAAUUAUUGCAAAAUCAAAGAGACUUACCAACACCUUUCACAAGAGAUGUCCAAGAAUUUGUUAAAGGCUUGUUUUUAUCCGGUCAAACAGAACUACAAUCUAGGAAUCAUGAUGCAAGUGAGAGAGAAGAUAUGGACACAAAUUUUCAAACAGUCAAUAAAUUCAAAGUAAAUGUUAUGGCAAAUUCAGCUUGUGUGGAUCUCUUGGUUUGGGCUAUAGGCGAUGAAACUGGUGCUGACAGUCUCUGUGGAAGGUUAACCGAGAAAAUAAACUCUAACCACGGUCACAAAUUAGUACUGGCCCAUAUGCCUUUGCUCAUGGUUUGUCUUGAAGGGUUGGGGAAACUAGCUCAGAAAUUUCCGAAUAUAGCUACGACCUCGAUUUACUGUCUACGCGACUUUUUGGUUACUCCAUCCCCUAUUCUAUCAAAACUUCAUCGCCAACACAAUGACAAACAUGGCAAAGAUCAUCAAUUCAAAGUUACAAUUCAGGGAAAGGAAAUGAAGACAGUGGAUACUAAGCAAACAGCUUCACAGACGCAAAGUGCUUUUGAAAAACUUAGAGAUGCUGCGAUUGAAAAUUUGUGCAUUGCCUUGGAAGCGGCUCACUCGGUUGAUCCAUUUUGUGUGCCUGCUUUGGUGGCAAGUGUUUCCAACAGACUAUUCACAGCAGAAAAGAGUGACAGUGAAACUUCUCUUAUUUCGACUAACAUCGUUAUCAUGUUGGGACACGUAGCAGUUGCACUGAAAGAUACGCCAAAAACAACUGAUACAAUCCUGCAAUUCUUCCAACAACGAUUUUGCCGAGUACCAAGUGCCCUAGAUAUUUUGAUUGUAGAUCAACUAGGAUGUAUGAUCAUUUCUAAAUGCGAACCCCAGGUUUAUGAAGAAAUAAUGAGAAUGUUCACUACAAUUACUGUUGAAUCAGGGAGUGCUGCUUACACCACAAAUGAUGAACGAAAACAGUAUAGACACGUUUCCGGUGCCGUGAUAAACGCAUUGGCUAAUAUUGCUGCAAAUCUCAAAGGAGAAUCAGAAUUGAAUGAUUUGUUAGUUCGAUUACUCGAAUUAUUUGUACAACUUGGCUUGGAAGGAAAACGGGCUAGUGACAAAGCACCUAACCCACAGAAAGCUUCGAGCAGUGCUGGUAACUUGGGUGUAUUAAUUCCAGUAAUUGCAGUGCUUAUGCGGCGGUUACCUCCAAUAAGACUCCCGAAACCUAGGUUAUUGAAGUUGUUCAAAGAUUUUUGGUUAUACUGUGUCGUAAUGGGAUUUACGGCAGCAGAUUCAGGGCUGUGGCCAUUAGAGUGGUAUGAGGGUGUGAAAGAAAUUGCAGUUAAAUCCCCAUACCUAAUUUCUCAAACUUCAGCUCGCUUGGAAAUGCGUGAAUUGCAAUACACAUCUGCUGUCAGAAAUGAUAGCGUGUCUCUCAAUGAACUACAGGAAUUGAAGUCACAGAUACUCAAGAUGCUAAAUAGAUCCAGCGACAUCACAACAUACGUAAAUAAGUUACAAUUUGCUCAGUGUACUUAUCUGUUAUCAGUCUAUUGGCUAGAAACAUUGAGGGUGACAUACAGCCCGGAACCAAGCUUGCAACCGAUGUUAGAAUACCUGAGUGACACCGCUCUCCAAAAGGAUAAAAGUGGGAUGUGGCAGUGCAUUUGCUGCGUCAGCGAUUCAGUAUUUAUGAAAUUCAAAGAAGUUAUGCAACACAAGCCAAAAGAUGAACAAAGGGAAAAGGAAUUAGAAAGUCAUGCUCAAUUCUUAUUGGUCAACUUUAAUCACGUACAUAAACAAAUCAGAAGGGUUGCCGAUAAAUAUCUCAGCACUCUGGUCGACGCCUUUCCACAUUUAUUAUGGAAUUGUAGAGUUCUUUGGAGUAUGUUGGAUAUUUUACAAGUUCUUUCAUUUUCGCUACAACUUGAUCCAAACGAGGAAACACCAACUCUAAAAAUACCCAGCACGCCUUACAGCAUUCAAUUAAUGGAUACUCGUGAAGCAAGAGAAAGUAUAGUGAAAGAUUUUGCUGCAAGGUGUAAAGGCAUUGUUCAAGAAGCCAUGAAGUGGGCGCCUCAUGCAACCAGGUCACACUUGCAGGAAUAUAUUAAUCAGAUACCGUCAUCCGGAAUGUGGCAUCAUGCUGGAUUGGCAUUAGCUACUGAUUCGGUCUUGGAGUUUACUGACAUCACCAUUCACACAGCUCCAAUUAAUACAAAUUCGUUAGACAAAAAGGCAAGAUACGUUAAGGGGAAUAGUUCAAAACUAGUCUCUAUGAUGUCAAUGCGAUCACGUUAUGCAGGUGAAGUUUCUGGAAUGUUAGCACUUGAUCAAGAUGAAUCCCCAUCAUCAGAACUGAUAACCUUUAAUGUGACCCAGAAUAAUAAAGUUAUCAGUAAGUUAAUCUCAUCAGUCUGGAGGGCUUGCAGAAACAGAAGUGAUUCUCAGCACAGAGUUGCUCUCUGGCGUGCAACUGCUCUGUUGAUUUCUACGCCUGGAAUUCAUAGAACAUUGUUGCACACAGUAGCAUGUUCACAAAUUGAAUUAUUCACCGACGAUGCUAUGAUAACAGCAGUUGAAUGUUGGCAAUGGAUACUAACGGCACGACCAGACCUGAAACUGAGAUUUUUACAAGAAAUGUUAGCUGCUUGGCAAUACACCGUAGACAAAAAAAUGGGUGUAUUCUCUUUAGAACAAGAAGAAGUCAGUGCCCUAGCCGUUUACGAGGGUUGUCAGCUAGAACCGAAUUCACCCUAUGUGAAGCCUCACGAUAUUUGGGUGACAUUCAUAGCCGAACUAAUCGAAACUGCAAAGUAUUGUUGUCAGGAAACAAUCGAAAUGAUUGCAAUGCUAAUCCAUAGAUCUUUGCCAAUGGCUGUAGGGACAUGCGAAGAUCACUUGAACAGACAUGUCGCUGCUGUUGGAGUUCGUUUCAAGUUGUUAUCCUGUGGUUUGCUGCUACUGCAGGGAGAUAUCCUACCGAAAUCAUUGAGCAAGAAUGUGCUCAGAGAGAGAAUAUACUGCAAUUGUUUAGAUUACUUUUGCCGGGCUCCGCAAACACCAACUCAAAGUAUAGGUCAACUCAGCGAAGACAUAACAACGUUAAUACGAUUUUGGCAAAUAAUGCACAGCGACAAGAAGUACUUGACUGCAAAUGGAGUCGGUGACUUUGAUCUCUAUGGACCUCAUAACAAUUUGACUUCAACAUUACAAUCCGACAUAAGAGCCUCUACAACAAGCAGUGAAUUAACAAGACCUGUUACAGGGUGGAUAAAUACAGUGCCUUUAUCAGCUAGUACAAAUACUUUGAGUAAAAGAAGCUCUCGUAGUAAAAGAAUUGUCAAUGCUGACGUCUUUGUUAAAGAUUACAUAAAGAAACGUAAUCUUAUACUAGAGCUAUUGGCUGUUGAAGUAGAACUAUUGUUAGUCUGGAGAAAUCCUGGAGGCAGACAAGAUUUGGCAAUGGCUGGUGAAAAUCAUAUUGCUGAGUGGAGAGCUAAAGCAACAAACGAAAAAACAUGGAGAGACUACACUAGGCUUGCCUGGGAGAUCAGUCCUGUUUUGGCUGUGUUUCUACCAGUCAGACUGAAGAACUCUGAUAGCAUUGUAAGCGAAGUAUCCCGUCAAGUGAGAUUGAACCCAAUAUUAGUGGCUCAUGUUCCUGAAGCUCUGCAAUACUUAGUUACCACUGACACACUACUGAAUGACGCACCUGAACUCGUGUACAUGUUAACUUGGGCCCGAGUUUCUCCUAUUCAAGCUUUGGCUUACUUUUCACGUCAAUUUCCACAUCAUCCAAUUUCCGCUCAGUAUGCGGUAAGAGUAUUGAGCAGUUAUCCGGCUGAUGCCGUUCUAUUUUAUAUCCCACAACUCGUGCAGGCUGUCCGGCACGAUGCUAUGGGUUAUGUAAUAGAGUUUAUUAAGGCCAUUGCUAAAAGGUCACAGGUGGUGGGUCAUCAAUUGAUUUGGAAUAUGCACACAAACAUGUAUAUGGACGAGGACAAACAAUUAAAGGAUCCAGUGCUCUACGACAUUCUAGAUUCUCUGAUCAAAAGCAUCCUCAGUGCUCUGUCUGGUCCUGCUAAACAAUUUUAUGACAGAGAAUUUGACUUCUUUGGUAAAAUCACAAGUAUUUCUGGUGAAAUAAGACCAUAUCCAAAGGGUGCAGAGCGCAAGCAAGCCUGCUUACAGGCUUUAAGUAAAAUAAAAGUGCAGCCUGGGUGUUAUUUGCCAUCUAAUCCUGAAGCUGUGGUUUUAGAUAUUGAUUACAACAGUGGAACACCUAUGCAGAGUGCUGCCAAGGCUCCAUUUCUUGCACGAUUCAAAGUGCAAAAGUACGGUAUCAAUGAAUUGGAGCAUAUCGCAAUGGCCGUGUCUACAAAUUCCAGACUUGAAAAUGGAAGAGACCAUCAUAAUAUGGGUGUGGAAAUGUGGCAAGCAGCAAUAUUUAAAGUAGGCGAUGAUGUGAGGCAAGACAUGCUGGCCCUUCAAGUGAUUGGGAUCUUUAAGAAUAUUUUUCAACUCGUUGGUCUAGAUUUAUAUCUAUUUCCAUACAGAGUUGUAGCUACAGCACCAGGGUGUGGCGUAAUAGAAUGUGUACCACAUGCAAAAUCCCGAGACCAACUUGGACGACAAACAGACAUCACUAUGUAUGAAUACUUUAUCACCAAGUAUGGAGAUGAGCAAACUAAAGAAUUCCAAUGUGCGAGAAGAAAUUUCAUCAAAUCUAUGGCAGCCUACAGUGUGAUCACGUACUUAUUACAAAUCAAAGACAGACAUAACGGGAAUAUUAUGCUGGAUGAUGAAGGGCAUAUUAUUCACAUAGACUUUGGAUUCAUGUUCGAAUCAUCUCCAGGCGGAAAUCUCGGAUUUGAGCCAGACAUAAAACUUACCGAUGAAAUGGUUUACGUUAUGGGUGGGAAAAUGGAAGCAGCACCGUUCAGAUGGUUUAUGGAACUAUGCGUUCAGGCAUAUUUGGCGGUUCGGCCAUAUCAAGAGGCAAUUAUUUCGCUUGUGUCACUGAUGCUGGAUACAGGAUUACCGUGCUUCCGUGGUCAAACAAUAAAGCUACUACGCUCUCGAUUCGCUCCAUCAGCCACCGAUCGUGAGGCAGCUGCAUUCAUGCUCAAUGUCAUCAGGAGCAGUUUCCUUAAUUUCCGAACUAAAACGUAUGACAUGAUACAAUAUUACCAGAAUCAAAUACCAUAUUAAGUCACAUGGUAAGUAUAAGGCCAAUUUAAUUACAGUAUUGUACAACAGUAUCAAAAAAAAAAACUUUAGUAGGUAUUUAUAUGAUUUCUCCUGAAAGUGGAAAUAUACCUUAAAGCCACCCACAGUCUGAAAUCGAAAUAUAUGUGUAAGUGUUAGGUGCUAAUAUUUUUUAAGGACUGGUCGUACCUGCCGAAAUUCUCCUGUAAUUGGUUUCAUUGAAAUAGCUGGAAUGGCCUUGCAAUACUACACAGUCAAGAAGAUCACUAUUUUUUUCGUCAAGACCAUUUUGUACCGUUCAUAUUAAACGUAAUGAAACAUGAUUCAAAUUCUUUAUCGAAUAUCGGUUUUUAGAAAUAAAUUUCACUCCAAAUACACCAGUUCUUCAAAAAUAUCACUUUUUGUGGUAUAUUUCAUUUUAGUAUGAAAAUUUUGUGAAAUUAUUUAGUAAGUCAGCUGAAAACUAUUUAUUUUGGCCCUUAAACAAACGAUGUAUACAAAGAUUAAAGAAAGAACUUGUGAUGAUUCCUUGUUGUUUGCAAGAUAUACGUCUCCGUGUAAGUACCUUCAUGCAGUCAAAUGUUUUAGCAAGACUGUGAAAACAUUGCAUAUUGGCUCACAUACAAUAUACUUCUAUGUUUAUAGAGAUGAUGUUUAUAUGUUCCACUUAUACCGCAAGCACCAAGGAAGGCGAGUUCAGUCAGUUAUUCAGUACUUCUUACAUUUCACUUUUGAACUGUGGCUUGCAGCCUUCCAAUUAAUAUACAGCCACACAGAAUUGAAUCUUCAAAAUAUCAUUGUAAAAUAAGGAUAUUACAUCUUAGGUAUUCAUUGUUCAAAAGGAUAUUACUAUAUUACUGUUAUCACUGUUAAAUGAAAUGAUAUUACCAAUAUUUAUCAUGUUAACGAGAACUGUGUACAUUCCAUUGAUUUAUUUAUUGAUUUACACUUAGGAAUUGUUACUAUGCAAUAAAUUAAUAAAGAUACUAU